AUGGUUAAGAAGCGCAACGCCCCCAGUGGUGGGUUCGGGGCAGGUUCAUCGUCCAAGAUGAGGAAAACGGCAAACGCUCCAAAGUUCUACGCUGUCCGACAUGGAAGGGAGCCUGGCGUCUAUUCGACUUAUGAUGAAUGUCAAGCACAAACAACAGGUUUCCCAGGUGCGAAAUUCAAGUCAUUCCUAACAAGAGAAGAUGCACAGGCCUUCGUCGCGGGUCAUGAGAACCCAUCGGAGGAUAAGCCGAAGAAGUUCUAUGCUGUGGCUGUAGGCCAUGUUCCAGGUAUCUAUCACACCUGGGAUGAGGCCCAGCCACAAGUCACAGAGGUCUCUGGACCGAAGCACAAGAGGUUCAAUACGCAAGAAGACGCGGAGGAUUUUAUUAGACAACACGCCAGCCCUGAGACCUGCCGACGUCUGGGUUUAUCUUUUGAGGAAACGCAAGAGUACACUGGGGCCGCUUUUGAAGCUGUAGAAACAUCUACUAGAAAGGUCAAGGCUGAGCCUGCACCAAGACCAAAAGCUGCACCAAGAGCUGCACCUCGCGCCGAGCCUAAUCAUGAAAUAAAUGGAAAUGUACUCAGGAUUUGGACCGACGGCAGCAGUCUUGCCAACGGCCAGGCUGGCUCUCGUGCUGGCCUUGGAGUUUACUUUGGCCCUAAUGACGAGCGUAAUCUUGCAGAGCGUCUUCCUGGCGAACCUCAGACUAACCAGCGUGCUGAACUGAUGGCGAUACUUCGUGCACUAGAGAUUGCGCCUUCGACACAGGACGUUGAGAUUGUGUCUGACAGCCAGUAUUCCAUCAAGUGUGUGACACAAUGGGGCCCCGGUUGGGAGAAGAAUGGAUGGAGGACUGCAGCAGGGCAUGAAGUCAAGAACAAGGACCUUGUAUGCGGCGUGUUAGCGAGGAUAAGAGAACGGGAUGCAGCCAGGUCAAAAACAUCUUUCCAGUGGGUGAAAGGACACGCCAGUGAUAUCGGCAAUCACCGAGCAGAUGGCCUGGCGAAUGAAGGGGCCAGAAUGCCUACAAUUUCUUGA